AAUGCUACAAUUUGAUUAAGAGAAACCAAUAGGAAAUUUAUAUAAAAUUACUAAUAAGCUUGGAAGUGGAUCAUUUGGUGAAGUAUUCAAAGGAUUCAACAUGGAAACUAAUGAAAUUGUAGCUAUAAAAUUGGUAAAAUUUGAAUUUGAUUUACCUUAUUUUAGGAAAGUUAAGAGGCUCAAAUGCCACAAAUUAAACAUGAAUUUUAAAUAUUAUCUGCAAUUUAAGGAAAUGGUAUAAUAUAUUAUAUUUUUUAAGGUAUUCCUAAAGUACAUUGGUUUGGGUAAUGGGAAGAUAAAACUGUGAUGGUUAUGGAAUUAUUGGGCUACAAUUUAGAGUAACUCUUCAAUUUAGUGAACAGAAGAUUCGAAUUAAAGACCAUGUUAAUGCUUAUAGAUUAAAUGGUAUACUAAUGAAAAAGAUCAAUUAGUUUUUAGAUAGAUAUCAUAUCUCUCCUCCAUUCAAGAGGAUAUUUAUAUCGUGAUAUUAAACCAGAAAAUUUCCUUAUGGGAAUUAACAAAAAAUAUAGCACAAUCUACAUUAUAGAUUUUGGUUUAUCAAAAAAAUAUAAGGACAAAAAAACAGGUGAACAUAUUCCUUAUAAAGAAAAUAAAGGACUUAUUGGAACUGCCAGAUAUGUUAGUCUUAACACUCAUCUUGGAAUAGGUAUACUAUUUAAUUAAAAGGAAGAAUAAAGCAGAAGAGAUGAUAUGGAAUCUUUGGGAUAUUUGUGGUUAUAUUGUCUAAAAGGAUCUUUACCUUGGCAAGGAUUAGAUGUAAAUAAUAGAGAAGAGAAAUAUGAAUUAAUUAAAACAAUCAAAUAAACAAUAUCAAUUGAAGAUCUAUGUCAUGGAUUACCAAAUGAAUUUGUUAAGUAUUUUCAACAUUGUAGACAACUUAAAUUUGAUGAAGAACCUGAUUACAAGAGGUUUAAAAUGUUAUUUAGAGAUUUAUUCUUUAAAUUAGAUUUCAUAUGGGAUUAUUAAUUUGACUGGAUAGAAUCACUCUAGCAAGAAUAAAUCUAAUCUAUAAUGCAUACAAAAUAUAGCAAGAAUUCUUUAUCCAGUCUUAAAGGAGGAAGUAAUUGAUUUUCAACUAUUUAGGUUAAAUUCUGAAGACAGAUGAGGAAGAUGAGGUCUAAGAAAAAAUUGAAUUCAAAAUUGGAGGGGAUUCAUAAAUGAAUUAAAAGAAUGUUAAACCGAUGUUAAAUUUAGAUAAAUUAAUAAGCAAGCCGAAUUUAUUUGAAAGUAUCUUCAAAUGA